CCUUCCGGCAAAGGAAUGCUCUGUUCUCUCUCCUAGCUGCUGAAUUGUUUGGUUUUCUCGUUACCGUCUUAAAUGCCGUAAAUUACACCGCAUCCCAAACCUUGUGGGCUCAAGAUCUUUUCUCUCAGUUCUAGUUUUUAUCCGGAGAUAUCACCAUUUUCUGUUCGGCUUCAGACAAAUACAAAUCGGGUUCUACUCUUAAAUCUUGUCUUCAUCUUUCUUUUGUUGCUAUAGGAUUGGUUAAAAUCUUCAGAAGAUUUUAAUAGGAAAAAUCUGUUUUCAAUCGGUGGUUCUGAUUCUCCUUUCUCAAAUCGAUUCUGAAAUGGAAAAACACUUGGAGCAGUAUCUUCAAGAGAUGUCAAUUGAAGAAGAAGAGGAUAAACCUCUGGUUUUAUCUAAUCUUCCUCAGUUUUACUCAUCCGAAAGAAACAUAAGAAGCUUAAUAGGUUGUUUUCUAAACCCUGACUAUCAGCGUAUGUCUAAUUGGAUUUUAGAGAUGCCAAUGAUUUGGAGAUUGUAUGACAGAGUCAGAGGUGUUGCUUUAUCAAGAGAUCGUUUUCAGUUCAUUUUCAAGUAUGAAGAAGAUAUAAAUGAGAUAUUAAAGACUAAAGUGUGGACUCAAGAUGAUUGGGGAGUCGUCAUGGAAAGAUGGGUUGAAGAUCCUCCUGCCAAUUAUCUGAUGUUUCUACCGGUAUGGAUUAGGCUGCGUAAUUUACCAGUGAAUCAUUAUAUGAAGGAAACUAUUAGAGAAAUUGCUGGUUGCGUAGGUCAAGUUUUAGAGUUGCCUUUUGAGGAGAAAGAGGCUCAAAGCAAGGACUAUGUUCGGGUUAAGAUCUUACUUGAUGUUUCAAAGGGGUUGAAAAUUUUCAAAGAACUUCAACUUCCUAAUGGAUCAAUUGUCAAGAUUGGAAUAGAUUACCAGAGAAUUCGUAAAAGAUGCUUUCAGUGCCAAAGAUUGACUCAUGAUAAGAGUAGGUGUCCUUUUGCUCAGAUAGUUACUGAACCUCAACUUUUGGUUAAUACAUCAGAUUCUACAAGGGUUCUGACUAAAGGCAAGUAUUGGGAUCUACUUGGCAAAGAUAUUACAGCUGGAGAUUGUUCCUCAAUGAAUUUACUAGCUGAUGCAAUCAAAGCUGAUUUGCUGAAUUCGAAGACCUCGAGUUUUAAAAUUCCACUUCAAAGUUCCUCACAAGACUCUACAAGGGUCCUCACUAAAGGCAAGAAGGUAGAUCUUCUUGGUAAAGAUAUUAUAGAUGCAGAUUGUUCCUUACCGAAACUAUUGGCUGAUGCAAUCAAAGCUGAUGUGAUGAAUCAGAAGAUCUCGAGUUAUGAAACUCCUCUUCAAAGUUGCCUCAAGGUAAUUCUUUUUAUUUCUCUCCUUUAGCCUUAUAUUCGGGUGGUUUAGAGGCU